AUGUGCCAAAGCAAGCUCGGCGUACUCAGGUCAUUCGCCAAAUGGGUCCAACUCCCAGGUACCAGCUGCUGGCAAACACGACGGCGAAGAGGCAGCGGAGGGGAUCUCCCUUUGCCGCUGAAACGGCGGCGGCGGUUGAUGGGGAGCAGGAGGGGGAGAAGAGGGGGUGCGCUCAAACACCUGCGCUGGCUCGCGCGCAGCCGCGCUCAGCUGGUGGGCGACGGCCCCGAGGCUGACGCCGCGGCUAGCGCCCUCGCCGCACGCUGGGGUGCCGAGCUCAGCACGGCCCUUCACUGGGCCACCUCGCCGCAGCUCCAGACGGCCCUAGGACACGAGGCCGCGCAGGCCUUCGCGGCGGCGCUGGCUGACGAGCUGGCGCGCUAUGCGCGCGGGGGGAGCCGGCGAGGCGGGCGGCUGGCGCUGGGCGUGAAAGUCGCCUCCAUUGUCGUCGCGGUGUCCUACUGGUUGGCGAAGGCGCUGGUGAAGCACAAUGGGUGUUGA